AUGCUGACAGUAAAGCGAAUGCUGAUCAAUGUGAUCCUAGUUUCGCUUGCUGUUUGCCGUGCUGCCGCAUGGUCGGUUACGAGCUCACCGACCACCGGUACUACCACAUCCGGUGGGACAGCUACCUGUCCAAGCUCCAAAUAUCGUCGGAUUGAUUCUUCGUGUUCCAGUCGACUGAAUCCCAAUUUGGGCAAAGCCGGUGAACCUUACGCUCGUAUGCUUCCACCGAACUAUGCGGACGGAAUUUCCAGCCCACCGGUCAUGACGAACGGAAGUGCAUACGUUAGCGCUCGUACCAUAUCGUUCAACGUGUUUUCUAUAGAUGAAGUUCCCGAUCCAAACAACACACUGGUGAAUAUAUUCUUUCUACAAGCGAUUGGAAACGAUUUGGGUGCACCGGCCGGUGCCGACGAUCCAGUAGAGUGUUGUGUUAACGGGAAAAUCGUAUCGAACCCACCAAACCGAUGCUAUCCGGUAUCGAUUCCUGACAAUGACGCAUUGUACUCAUGGUUUAAUAUUACUUGCCUGAAUUACGCGAGAUUGCUGACGAGGACACCGGCCCAACCAUCGCAACCGGUACAGCAGAUCAAUCAGGCAACGAGCCUGUUGGAUCUUUCGUUCGUGUACGGUUCAACUGUGGCUCAAAGCAACAAUCUUCGUGCAUUCUCGGGCGGUCGGUUGCUGGCGGUACGGCGUAACGGUAUGGAAUGGCCAGCCCUAGAUCCGGCCGGAUGUACCGAAACGAAUGUGUGCUACCUGGUGGCGGAUAAACGAAGCUACCAAUUUCCAAUGUCAGCCAUAAUACAUCUAAUUUUUCUUCGCGAGCACAACCGAUUGGCCAAUCAGCUGAGGCUGAUCAAUCCCGGCUGGUCGGAUGAGGUUCUGUUUCAGGAAGCUAAGCGCAUCAACAUUGCCCAAUAUCAGCACAUCGUGUACUACGAGUACCUGCCGGGUUUAUUGGGACUCGAGAACAUGAUCAAUAAUGGGUUGAUAUACGAAGGAACGGGCUUCACAACGGAUUACAGUCCACUGCAGGAUCCGUCGUCGUUGGGCGAAUUCGGAGGAGUAUUGGUGCCGUUCAUGCAAACUCAACUCCCGGGAAGUAUCAACUUAUACAUUGACGGUGGGAUACAAUCUCUCCCGCUAAGCAGCGUAGCGGGCAAUGUAAUUACACUGGAAAGCAUGUUUGCCUUGUACUUCGUGGGACUCACCACCCAAUCGACUAAUCGGAUGGAUAGCAGCUUCAGCAUCGAAUGGAAAAACUUCAUGUACCGUGGCUAUGACGCUUUGGGUAAGGAUCUGCUUGCCCUGGACAUACAGCAGAUGCGAGACUUUGGCUUUGCGCGCUACAAUGAUUACCGAUCCCGGUGCGGUUUGAGCCGGUUCGCAACGUGGGAAGCGUACAAUGCCACCUUCAAGCUGGUGUGCCCCAAAACCAUCGAUAAGCUGCGCCUGUACUAUCCCACCGUGGAUGAUCUAGAUCUGUUUGUUGGUGCAGCGUUCGAAGAACCGAUCUCCGGAUCACUGUUGGGUCCAACCUUUUUUUGUCUAUUCAAGCAACAGUUCCUUGCGGCACGUGCUGGUGAUCGUUACUUUUUCGAAGCGGGUGGCCAGGAAGGAAGUUUUACCGCGGCCCAGCUUACGGAGAUACGCAAAAUCAAACUGUCUCGACUAAUGUGCAACGCGUUCCCGACCACACCGAACAUUCAGCCGUCUGCGUUCUGUCCGGUGUCGGAAAAUAAUUCUCUCGCGCAGUGCAAUAGCUUGCCCGUGCCCAAUCUUCAGCUGUGGCGUGCAUAAGGAUGGCAAAUG